AUGAAGCGAUAUUUCACAUUAGGAUACGCUUCGUACAUUCAGCGUCUGAAGCUACCAGUGAGUGACGUAACGUGCCUAGGUGCGGACGAUUCCGGCCCUGGCGGUGCUCCACGCGCGGACCUGCGUCUUCAGCUGGGCCUGCUGCGCGCAGCUGGCGCCUGGGCGCCGCAUCGUGGGCCGUCCACGCCUGCGUCGUCGCUGCUGUACGACGCCUACUCGGCCGGCGUCAUCCUGCUGCUGCUGGCGUUCGUGGGCAGCCAGGUGUCCGCCAUGCUGCACUUCUGGGGGGACAUCCUCAGCGUCACCACCAACGCCUGCGUCACCUUCACCUACACCAUGGCCAUCUUCAAGCUCCUUGUCGUCCUCACGAUGCGACGGUCUGCGGAACACCUCAUCAACGAGCUGAACAGAUGCAUGCAGCUGAUGUUCGCCGGGGUGUCUCUGGGCUUCUUCUACGGCUACAUCCUGUCCACAACGCUGGACGGCUUCUUCGUGACGCUCAUCAUCUACCUGUCUGGCCAACUGCGGCUGCUCAACCUGAUUGCAGAGAGCAUGUGCUCUGUGCAGCCUGCUCACAGCCGCAGGGACGUGGCCGCUCCAGCAGACACCUCAGAGGAGUGCGUGCGACUCAGGCUGGCGCAGUGCGUGCGCUACCACACCGACGUCGACAGAUGCGUACAGCAGCUGAGCACGUUGCUGGGACCCAUACUGCUUGGACAGGUGCUGGCUGACGUGGUCACCAUCAGCGCCACCGCAUUCGUUACCACCACUGGUAAGACAGACUCUGGCUGGGUCUUCAAGUACGGCUCAUACCUGGCUGCCAUUGCAGAGCAGCUACUGCUCUACUGUUGGUUUGGGAACGAUGUCCUGACAGAGAGCGAGCGCCUGCAGCUGUCGGCCUACAGCAGCCAGUGGGUGGGGGCCUCGCCUCGCUUCCGCAAGGAGCUGCGCCUCUUCCUGUGCCGCGCCCACCGCCCGCUGCGACUGACGGCCAGCAAGUUCUACACCAUCUCCAGGGAGACCUUCCUACUGCUGAUGAAUGCCUCUUUCUCCUAUUAUGCAGUGCUGAGACAACUGAACUCCGACUGACCAGUCGCAGCUGACGCAGAAUCUACGGUGCCAGCCGUGCCUAUAAUGCACUAUAAUCC